CCGGCUCUGACGCCACUCAUGUUCGAAUUCAUCUAAAACUGCAUUCUGUUUGUUAAAUAAUGAACGAAUCUAAACGAAAACGAAAUAAUUAUCUAGUGGUCAUUACAAGGCAGUAAUUAAUUAGUGAUUAGGAUGUCGGAUUCUGAAAGGUACACCCUGACACUGAGUAAAAUAUGAUUUGUCGCGGAGUGAAUGCGAAUCCGGAGCAUGACAUAAAGACAUCGUUGUAAAAAAAGCAUCUGUACAUUAAUCAAUACGAAAACCCUUAAAAAAUUAAACACCUAAUGAAGCUUUAAAUUUAAACCCCAAAAUGUAUGAGAAUUCAGAUUACCACUAUAUAGAGCCCUACGUAGAACUUACUACAGGAGUCGGAGUAGUACACUCUGUUAAAUUUGAACCCAUGGAUAGCAUCCACAACAACGCAAACGAAGAACCACUUGAAAAGGGUAAGAAGAGAAGACGAAACGAAGAAAACUGGAAGAAGAAUGUCACGAAGAAAGCUAGAUUAGAAGGGCUGCCAUAUCAUUCGCAUGUCGCGAAGAAAGUUACGGAAAUGGGAGGGCGUGUGCUGAAACCACCGUGCAAAUGCAGAGCGAAAUGUUACGACAGACUCACCGAAGCGAGUAGACAACAAAUAUUCGACGAUUUCUGGAAGAAAUGUAAUAAUUGGGAACAGAGGAGGCAGUUUGUCGCGAACAGAGUCACCAAAGAAUUAAAAGUGAGAACCAAAGUUAACAGUUCUUGGCAAGAAGACAGGAGGAAGUUCAACUACAGAUACAGUUUAGAGGUUAAAGAUCGCGAAAUAAACGUGUGUAAAGUCAUGUUCCUAAACACAUUAUCCAUAGGAGAGAAAUACGUGAAAAUAUCAGUAGAAAAAAAGACGGACAGUGGUAUUACAGAAGGCGAUCGCAGAGGGCGACACCAACCGGCGAACAAAAUCCCGGAAUCCACAAUCCAGUCAAUAAAAGAACACGUCACUGCACAUCCGAUAUACAAGAGCAAUGUGACGAAAAAAAGUCGGCAGCCUGGCACUGAUCUGAACAAGUCCCUCAUGUACUCACAGUAUAAAGAAAGCAUGAUCCAACAGGGGAAAACUGAAAAGGAUUACGCAAAAGAAUGGUUAUACAGAGCGGUGCUCAAUAAAAUGUAUAAAAGUUCGUUGGGCAAUAAGAAGAGCUUAACUAAACACAGCGAGAAUGAUGAAGUGUAUUAGAGAUAACGCGUUUUUAUAUUCUUCCUAGUCGGAUACUCUUGGCAGAGUAGUCGUGGCUGUCGAUGGACAGGGUUGCGUCUCGUCGUCGUCGCUCGCAUCCAAGGCAGCCGCACGUCUAGCGAUGUACCGAGGUGUUUUUAUAUAUUUAUUGACAAAGUCUGAAAGACUAACUACUACUUUAAGUCAGUAAAUACCAUAUAGCUCUAAAGCCCAUCUCGAAAAUGGGCAAUUGAAAAUCAUAACCCAAAACAAACAAACAAAAUCAUAAUCAAAUUGUAUUAUUGGUGAAGACGUGUGUGUACAUAUUCAAACAAAGCCCAAUGAUAGCGAUUCCUGACACAAUCAAACGACAACAAUUUAACUUGCCAAUCUUAUACCAGCACGCCCCACCCAUUCACCCGCCGCCGGACCGCACCAUAAUAUCGCGCAUUCGGUUGUUUAAAAGCGUAAGUAUUCAAAUAUUUGUCCAAAUGUCCAAAAAGACAUAGUUUAUCUUCUUUACACCUGUACCAGAUGCGAUAAAAGUUUUUUUUUUUAUAUAAGGAUCACUUUAUUACUACCGAAUGUGCGUUAGAAAUAAAUUAUCUAAUUUAUUUAUUUAUUUAUGAUUCACUAUUGUGGCGAUAAUGGUUUAUACAUGAAGUAUAGAUAUAUAUGUUGUUGCGGAAUUUUUUGUAGAACUAUUUAAGAUAAACAUUUCCAUACUAUAUUAAAUACGUCUAACAUCAACGGUUUUUGCCGUGCACGCCGGAAUAGCUCGCAGAUGGCAGUUUUUUUCCUAUUUACUUCACACUUAUUGUUAUAUUUUGGGUAAUUUACACUACAUCCUUAUAAAUUAUAUCCUAUAUGUUAUUCUGAUGUGUAAGUUAUAUUAUUGUAAAGUUUCAUCAAAGUCCAUCCCGUAGUUUUUGCGUGAAAGAGUAACAAAAAUACAUCCAUACAUUCUAAUAAAUUUUCACGUUUAAAAUAUUGGAAAGAGGCAAUGUUGCAGAUUUUUUUUCUUUUUUUCCUACCUGCUGGCUAAGGCUGAUAGAUAGCCUUGUCAGGCUAAGCCAGCAUAACCUACCGAGUAGGUGAGCUCUCGGUGCUCUAACCUGAGGGCGUUGUAACACUAACCCUAGCAAAAGCAGCUCUUCGGAGAAUCUACCACCGGGUCGGAAUCGCGACCCACUGAGAAAAUCCGGCGAGAAACUCUGUGGGCAAGGUUAGCAGAAAGAAAGUGACAUGGUAUCGCACUGUGGCUUACAAUUUAUACAGGUCGUAGCCGCUUGCGAUUUAAAAAGGAUACCAAGUGACUUCAUUGUAUUUACCAGAUUGUCCACUAUUCGUGUGCCUGUAAUGAGCAUUAAAUAUUUGAAAAGUAAACACUGUAUUUAUAUUUUUUCAUAAA